CUGAUAGACGGCACUGACUGGCAUCACUGCUGGGCACUGACUGGCGGCACUGACUGGCACAACCCCUGGGCACUGACUGGCAGCACUGCUGGGCUGCACUGGUGGGCAGCACUGGUGGGUGGCACUGCUGGGCACAGGUGGGCGGAGCUAGUGGGCGCACUGCUGGGCACAGGUGGGCGGAACUUGCGGGUGGCACUGCUGGGCACCGAUCAUCAGGGCACUGAUCAUCAGUGCCCUGAUGAUCGGUGCCGAUCCCCGCUCUGACAACUGCCGGUUCUCGGCAGUACUUUCCUCACGAUCUGACAGCAUGAGGAAAGUGCAGCCGAGAACCGGCACUUGCAU